UUUCGCUACCAAAUUCCGUCUGUCGCGCGCGUACCGAGGCAGCCCGGACAUCUCUUCCAGACACUCAUGCAGCAGCUCACACACUAACCCCAUUGCGUGUGCAACUUCUCUGUGCCACACACUCACACUAACCAGUUCAACUACAGCAUGGAGGAGCGACAGCACCGCGCACAACACGCACCGUGCAGCACCUGCAGGAGAGAGCGAAAAGCAAACUUAACGGUUAGAGGCGUGUCGCCCCCCGGUCGAAUUCUGAUUCUGGCUUUGUCUUUGAGCUUGUGCAUCGCCGAAGUGUCGCCUACGGAGACUCUGUGCGGCGGAGAGUUGGUGGACACUCUCCAGUUCAUCUGUGGAGAGAGGGGGUUCUACUUCAGCCGGCCCCACCGCGUGCGAGGGCGCUACCAGGGGGGGAUAGUGGAGGAGUGCUGCUUCAGGAGCUGUGCUCUGGAGCUGCUGGAGCAAUACUGCGCCAAGCCCAGCGUCACUGAGAGAGACCUCAGCCAACACAUCCUACCUGCUCUUCUUGGGGAAACUGUCCAAAGGCCACACCAUGUGCGCUUCUCUCUGUGGCAGAGGCAGUCAGUUCAGAGGCUGCGCCGCGGUCUACCCACAAGGUCCCGCUUCCCGCGACACCCUCUGCUGGCGCCCGGCGAUGGCGCGAGAGACGCCGCUCUGCGCAGAGCUCUCAACAGACGCCCACCCUCUGUCCCUGGUGCCGGCUCUCAGACGGACGUCAGCCGACGCCAGCUUCUCGCUGCCAGGCCGCUGCUCAGCAGACGUGCUCUUCACACACUCGGCCCCCACGAAGAAGCCGACAUCAUGUCACUGUUCAGCAAGCGCUCUGUUCAAGCGGGCCGUGCCAGCGCCUGGAGGGAUGGCCGCGUCCGACGACCCCUGACACCGUGGCGCAGCACGCUGCCUCUUCAUAUCCACACCGCCCGCAAGUGAAGACUGGAAACUCUCGUGGGAGUGAACUGAGUGCUACCCACCCUAAACCUUCCUGCUAUGUCUGAUUCACACUGAUAGAGACACACACACACACACACACAAUGACACUCUGACACACACACACACACACACACACACACACACACACACACACACACACACACACACACACACUGACACUCUGACACACAUACACACACAUCCUUUUACUUUCUCUACCCUGCGCUGUCUGUCUCAGACAGAUGUGUGUGUGUUGAAACAGACUUGUCCGGAGGCAAAAGAGGUGUGUUGGGUGUCGCCGAGGAGCCAUAAAAGUAAACCAUCAACCCUCAGAGCUCCUCGCAAUAUAAAGGCGCCCGCAACCAAUGAGAUCACACGAAAGAAUAAUAAUUGUGUUUUUUUUUUUUUUUUUCACUGAGUGAGUGAGGUUUGUGCCGCUGCACCUUUAGAUUACCCUAGAGACGACCAAGGGCGACAGACUACUCGUGACAAAAAAACAAAAGAGCAUUUGAAGAUGGAGUCAGUCUGAUCACUUUUGGUGCUAUCUAUGGGAGAGGCAGACAUGGGAGAAGAGGAAAGUCUGCUUUGAAAUUGUGUUUCUUUGUAACUUUGUAUCAUUUUUACUGUGCUUUCCGUUUUAAGGAAAGCGUGGCGUUCUAAAAGAGAAAGACAUAUAUAAUGAGAGAGAAGAAAAAAAGCUUGAUUUGUGACUGAGCAGAGCCGGGAGGUCAGUGUUUGUUAGCGUCUCCGAGAGGAAUGAAAAUGGGGGAACCAAAGAAUCACACGUUGAGUGAACAGAUGUGCGUCAGACUGACAAAGACUGAAGAUAGUAGCCAUAAACUUCAAUGAGCAUAGGCCACUGUAUACUGCACUACCACCACAAUCUUGCAAAGCCGUCAUAGACAUAUCUGUUAUUGUUUCUAUCGCUGUCAGUUUUUCCAGAUACUAUUCUGAAGAUGUACAUAUGGGAAUGCUUAAAAAUGUCAAGAGGGGGAAAAAAGCAAUAAGGCUAUCGGUCAUUCUAUUCUUCUAGUACACACAUGGAAAUACUUGAAUCUGUUUAAUUUUCCCACAGAAUUCAGAAAACAUAUGUGAUAAUGAUAACUGUAUUAAACAUGCAUUACAAAGAACAAUUUUCCAUUUUUUUCCAAGUAUUAAGUAUUUAGCAAUGCAAUGCAUAUUUUCUAAUGCUGUGGUACCAAUGUCACAAAUGUAAGAAGUUUUCAAUGUCAUUUGAAUCACGUGAGGUGAAUUUCAGUUUUCCAUCUCUGUAAAACGAUCUGUUUUUUAUGGAAUGUCUGUUUAGGGUGAGUUGUGCUCCCUGGAAUGUUUUGAAGUAUUACCUGCCCUUGAGAAUCUCCAGUCUUUGGAACGCUGCUUUAGAAUGCAUUUUUAUCUUUUGAGGCCGCUCUGGAGCAGGAGGAGUUUCACCAGAAUGAUUUUGUUCCGUAGUCUUUUCUUCCCUGUGCCUGGAAUGAGCCGUCUGAUGUUUCUCUCUUUGCUCAGACACAGGCAAAGCACUGUACAAAGGCAUUAUUUAUUUUCUUAUUAAAAAAAAUAAAUAUGAUUAUUAAAUAUGGUCCAAAUGAAAUACGUACUCAGCACAGAUGCACAACUGUUGACAAGCCUCUUUUGUAUGUUUCUCUUUUUACCUUGUACUGCUUCGUUCUGUAGAUGCUUUGUAAAAAACAAAACAAAAAACAAGACAAAAACGUCCUCCUUUCCUUCUGGUUUUCCCACUGAGUAAAGUCCAAGUGCUCUUUUAAA